UACACAGAUCCUUACCUAGUACUCACCUCACCGUCUUGAUAUAGCGGUGUUCUAGUGAAUAUUUCCGGACCUUAUACAUUACCUAUCUCUCUACGCGUCACAUCAAUGCGCUUCUCAUCGAAGCAAUUGAAGUACGUGGAAGAUGGUUAUUGCACAGACCCAGGAGAACGCGUGUCCCGGACAUCCACAAAAGAGAUAGAUAUGGUUAGGUAAGCGAUAGGGGAAGCUCCAGUUGCCGCCCGGCUUUUAUCCAUUCCUUAGUGUAGGUACACUAGGAGGUACCUAAGUGACUUGGGUGAAUUGGAAGACUGGAAGCGACAACCUUGAAGGUGAGUGACUAACAUCCGAAAUUUUCUUUUCAGUUACAGUUUCGAGAAUAUAAAAGGUAAACCAUAUCAAGCCUAAGAAGCCCAUAAUAAUUAAACCGAUUCAAACUCAAAUUCGGCCAUCGCGACAUGGAUAACCAUUGUACGACUAAGCAAACUUCGGAGCUAGCUGCGGUAGUCGUUGGGGGAGGUGCAGCUGGUAUCGCCGUUGUUGGCAAUCUCCUCGAACAACUUCCCCCUAAUUCCAAAAUAGGAUGGAUAGAUCCUCUCUUCCAAGGCGGCCGUAUCAAUGCCAAGUAUAGAGAGGUUCCAAGCAAUACAAAAGUCCACCAUUUCCUCUCCUACGGCGAAGGCGUUGAGGCGUUUAGGAAGAUCGCAGAAACCACCGAAAAGCCAAACGCCAUCUCCAUAUUAAAAGGUCUCCCUCAUGACGACACUUGUUCGCUACAAUAUGCAGGAGACAUGCUGCAGGUCUUGACUGAGGGCCUACUCAAACAUGAUCAAGUCACAAGCUUUAAGGCCAGUGUGACCGAUUGUGAACGGAUUAGCCAAGACUCAGUAUGGUCGUUGACUGUACGGGAUGAGGCUUCUCAAGCCACCCAACGCAUUACGGCGCCAAUUGUUGCCUACUGCACAGGUGCAUUCCCUUCUACUGUUCCCUUCCCGGACGGUCUUUCUCGUGUACCGAAACUCUUAGAUCUUGAUAUCACACUCAAGCCAUCUCUUUUUGCCGAGACCAUCCCUAGAGACCAAGACAUAUGCAUUGGUGUCAUCGGCGCUUCUCACAGUGCCAUUCUCGUCCUAAGGAACAUAUUCGAACUCAGUCAGAAAUCCCAUCCCAAGCUUCGCGCGCGGUGGUUCUCCCGCGCAAAAAGGCUGAAGUAUGCUGAGGACAAGGGAGAUUGGAUUCUCUACGACAACACCGGAUUGAAAGGCAUCGCAGCCCAAUUCGCCCGGGAGAACUUGGAUGGCGACAGGCUUUUGCACAGCGAAGUGGGCAAGAUCAUAACUCGAGUCGACUGUUCGGGUGGUGUGGAGCAGGAACGGGAGGCUUAUUUGAAGGAGAUGCCAGGAUGUGACUACGUUACACAGGCGAUAGGGUACAACACAAAACCCCUCCCUAUGAAACAAGAGGUGUCAUUCAAUCACGAGACGGGAGGCUUCAUAGAUCCGAAGACGAAGGAACCUGUUCCAGGGCUCUACGGUGCUGGAAUUGGAUUUCCCGAGAGAGUGGUUGACCCGGUUGGAAACGUGGAGUAUGCUGUGGGAUUCAUCAAGUUUAUGAGGUUUCUAAAGCGCGUGGUGCCAAGAUGGGUUGAGCCCAUCCCAAACUGAGGUCUGUCGUACUAUAGACGUUUACCUAAUUCAACAUUACACGAUAGAGGCGGAUAAUUAGCGAGUAUUUCAGUCAAUUCAACUUCAAAUAAUGAAGCCACAUUCUCAGCAGCAAGUGGGUCGUCAAUAUGUGUUUUGGUCGUGUCA